UAUUUAGGUCAUGGUUAACAGCGCACGACCGCAUACUGGUUUUAACUUUUGGUUUUUACCUCAGUCUCAAUCUCCGUCUCCGUCUCCCUCUCCACCUUUGCCUUGUGGUGGUUUUUUGUAUUGCCAAAAUAACCGACGAUGGCCUGCAGGUUGGCUAAUUUAAAUUGGACGCGCUUAGAGCUUAAAACUUCAAAUGCCGCCCUUUAUUCUGCUGCUGCCCAUUGAAAAGCCAUCAAUCAUGGCUUUUAAUAAGGCGCCAAUGUAAUUCCCACCACAAUUACGCUUACUUUUCACAGAUUCCACACUCAACGACAAUCACAACAACAACAAUAAUAGCGAACAUGAAACGCCGGAAGCUGAUCAUUUGCUGGGCAGCUCUACAGGCGGCCAGCAGCAUCUUGACCUGUCUGCUGCUGCUGCUCACCCAGCAUCCGGCAGCGGCCGGCAUUGUGCCGCCCCCUUGGAGUGAUCCCGCCAAGAAUCCCUGCGCCAGCAUGGCCGGCGGUUGGCAAUUGCUCUACUGGACGCCGCUCAAGAAAUGCUUCAAGAUCUUCACGCUGGGUUUUCCCUGUCCCGACACGAUGGAACUGAGUCCUUCGCCGAUUAGUGCCAAGCGUAAGGAUGUGCCCGCUGCGGAGUGUCGCUGCCCACCGGGAACAGCGCUCAGUCCCUUAACCGAUGCCUGUCAUGCCCUCUACGAGCGUGGUCCUUGUCCGCAUGGCGAAUACUUUCAACCACUGCCGGAGCAGACCAAGAGAGCCGACAAUCGUUGGGGCAGCUGCAAGAGGCAGCUCCAAUGCGAUGAGGGCAUGUUGUUCUGGCCCAGAGAUGGCAAGUGUUAUCCCAAUCACUCCAAGGGACCCUGCAUAAGGGGCAAGUUGCUCAUGCGCAAUGAGGAUGGCUUAGCCGAGUGCCGUUGCCAUCCGUUUGGCGAGUUGGGUGAGUUCUACUACAGCGUGGAGGACUCUUGCUAUGAGCACUACACGAAGGGACCCUGCUCCACACCUGGACACAUCUUUCUCCCCGGCGGACGCUGCGAUUGCCAGCGACAUCUGCCGCACUAUUAUGCACCGCAACAAAUGUGCUUCGAGCUUGACACACCGGGACCUUGUCCACCGGGUCACAUCUUUCGCAUACCCGACGAUGUGGAUGCCAAUCCGGAGGCCAACACAUUACAACUGCUGCCACAUGCCAAGUGUCUGUGCAAGGAGGGUUAUGUGCCCUGGAGCGAUGGUCUCUGCUAUCGCCUCUACACUCGUGGUCCAUGUGCAGCCAACGAAUUUCUGGUGAAUGCCACAACUUGUGUGCGCAACUUUUGUGGCAAGAAUCGCCUGUAUUUCCCCACCGAGGACUCUUGCUAUAGGAUUGGCUCGCAAGGUCCUUGCUCACUGCACCAAGUGGUUGUGUUUGACUUUACGGCGCGACCCUCGCUGGAUGGCAUCUCGUACAACGGCAUGUGCGGUUGCUCUGGUGUCCUCACGAAUCUGGAUCAACAGUGCGCGGCCAGCAAUGAGCAGGAGAAGAGCAUUUGCGAGGCCACCCCUGGCAUGGUCGAGAUGAAUGGCCAGUGCCAUAAACUCUACACACGCGGACCUUGUGGCGCCGGCCAGUGGCUGGAGCCGCUGAAGACGCUGCCCUCCAACAACAGUACCAUGCUGCUUGGCUAUGGCAGCCGGGCAAAGUGUGUUUGUCGGCCGGGUUAUACGCCGGCGGAAACCGAUCAUGGUGGCACACACAAUUGCAGUGCACCCAGCGUUAGUCUGGCGAGGUAUUUAACCAUCGAGCGACACAACUCGAAAUUCUUCAGUGAACUGCACCCUCCUCUGUCGUAAACUGGUCUCUCUAUGUACAUAGUACGCUUCUCUACUCUCUAUCUCCUUUGCUAUGAAUGUGAUCCACAAAAAUAUCCUCUGGUGUCCUCCUCCUUCUACGUUUUAUUAUUUAUCUCGCAUGCUGCAUGCUGCUGCUGUCUUCUACCACUCCUUCCUAUAUGAUCUGUUUGCAGAUCGUUCGAUUUAAUC